AUGUCUCAACCACUAUUCUAUUACACAUGGGAACUCGCGCAGCAGCUAGUCGGCAAAUUCGCGAACAAUGCGGUGUGGCACACGGACGAGAAGGUGGAUAGGAGGACAUGGGCAAAAAAGCCCAGCCAUUUCCAUAAUCUGUACUUCAGCAUGGCUCAUCGCCGUUUAAAGUCAGUGGCCAAGCCGCUUGCCCUCCUGCUCUCGUUAUUACCGUAUGGCAACACAUCACCAACGCCACCAUGCAGUACACCCCCCGGAGUGCAGAUUCCCAAGACAGGAGCUGUUGCCUCUCAAAGCACUGUCUGCAGUAAUAUAGGUAUCCAAUUGCUCAAGGACGGUGGUAAUGCUGUCGAUGCUCUUGUGGGUACCGUCUUCUGCGUUGGUGUUAUUGGGAUGUAUCACAGCGGAAUUGGUGGCGGCGGCUUCUUGCUAAUGAGACUGAGCAACGGCACGUAUGAGUUUGUCGACAUGCGCGAGACUGCUCCAGGUGCCGCUACUCAAGACAUGUACAACAAGGAUGAAAAUCUCAGCUUAUACGGCGGAAUGGCAAGUGGUGUCCCUGGAGAGCUUCGAGGAACAGAGUACAUACACGAUAGAUAUGGCGCUCUUCCAUGGGCUCACGUAAUAAAGCCGUCCAUUGAGGUUGCCAGGAAUGGUUUUGAGGUGACCGAGGACUUGAUUAGCACCAUCAAGCAGACGUCACCAAACAACUUUCUCACAGAAGACCCAGCAUGGGCUAUUGACUUUGCUCCCAAGGGACGCCUCGUCAGGCUGGGCGAGACAAUGACACGCAGGCGAUAUGCCGAUACCCUGGAGGCAAUUGCUCAACAUGGCGCCGAUGCGUUUUACACCGGGCCUAUUGCCAAUGCCACGAUUCGCGCAUUGAAAGCUGCUGGUGGAAUCAUGACACUGGAGGAUCUGAAGAACUAUACUGUUGCUAUCAGAGAACCCCUGCAGAUCAACUAUCGCGGGUACAAACUCACCAGCACCAACGCUCCCUCAAGUGGUGCCGUAGCACUGAGCGCUUUGAAUACUGUUGGCGGGUUCGAUGGAUUCAACGACCCUUCACAGGUGAAUUUGACGACACACCGGCUGGAUGAGGCUAUCCGAUUUGCCUACGGCCAGCGCACUGAGCUUGGAGAUCCGUCAUUUGUUGAUGGCAUAGACAAAUACACCAAGGAGAUGAUUUCCGCCAAAACUGGAGCUGAGAUUCGCUCCAAGAUUUCCAAUUAUCGGACGCAAAACGUGUCUUACUAUGAUCCUAAAGGCUUGGAAUCUCUCGAGACUCCGGGAACAUCUCAUAUUGUCGCUGCUGAUGCCAGCGGAAUGGCCGUCUCAAUGACCACCACUAUCAACUUACUCUUUGGAUCAACUGUCAUCGUUCCAGAGACGGGCGUUAUCAUGAACGAUGAGAUGAACGACUUUAGCAUUCCUGGCCUUAGCAACAGCUUCGGCUAUAUACCCAGUCCAGCUAAUUAUAUCCGCCCUGGAAAGCGUCCUCUAUCAUCCAUUUCUCCCAUCAUUGCAGAGACUGCGGACGGCAAGCUUUAUCUCGCACUUGGCUCUGCUGGAGGCAGCCGCAUCAUUACUGCUAAUAUCCAGAACACGGUUCAUGUCAUUGAUGGCAAUAUGACAACUGCUGAGGCGCUGGCCCAGCCGCGUUUGCAUGAUCAGCUUGUUCCCGAUCGGGCAACUUUUGAAUACGCAUAUGAUAACCAGACUGUGGCGUUCAUGAAGUCACUUGGCCACAAUAUUACGUGGGUUGCGCCGGGACAAAGUACAGCACAAGCUGUGAGAUUGCUCCCCAACGGAACGUUUGAGGCAGCAGGAGAGCCAAGGCAGGUGUCCUCUGGAGGCUUUGCGAUUUGA